AUGGUCGUUGCCGCCGAAGAUAUAAGAAUGAAAAUAUUAAAAGAAAUAAAUAAAAAAAGGAUUCCUCACUGGAACAUAAGUCAAAUUGAAUACGAAACAAAACAUAGAGAAUAUUUCGAUUUAGUCGAACAAAACCAAAGAAAAAGACUGAAUUUAUCGUCAAAUAAUUACGACGAAGAAAACAUUGCUCACACAUCACAAGGAAUAAGGAAUUUAAAUUAUAAUAUAUACAUUCCCGAAGAGGAUAAUAAAUAUGUUGAAAUCGAAGAGAGUUCACUUCGUUUAUUGUUAGUUUUUAAUAAUUGUGCCACGAAAAAUAAAUAUGUUACAUUAACGGUUGUGAAAACAGGAGAAAAAAAUUAUAUGAAAAAAGAAAAAUUAUUAUUAGAUACAUGUUUACCAAAGUGGAUAGGUUUAGAUUUACUUAAUAAUAAUAAUAAUAAUGUUAAUUUAAAUCAUAAAACGAAAAAUUUACAAUUGUCCGUCUUCUGCGAGGAGUGCGUUAGAGAAAAUAUCCAAUUGAUGGAUCCCUACCUAAACGUUAUUGUUAAUGUUAAAGCUAGAACUAGGAGGAGGAGAGCGGAAAAGAAAAAAAGGAGAAGGUAUCCGGGUAAAUGUGUAAGACAUCCUUGGGAAGUUGAUUUAGGAAAAUUAAAAGGAUACGAAUAUAUCGUACAACCUAGAAAGUUCGAUGCUGGUUUAUGUGCUGGUAAAUGUACCGGACAAUGGAAUUUAGCAACUCAACAUUCAAAUUUACAAUAUUUGUUUUCGAACAUAGAUAAAACGAUUCCCAAACCUUGUUGUGCACCAUCGAAAAUGGAAAGUUUAGAAAUUCUUUAUCCAGAUGAAGAUAAUCCAAAAAAAUUAAAAGUAUCCGUUUGGAAUGAUACUAAAAUUAUCGAAUGCGCAUGUUCUUGA